AUGGCAGCUGCCUCCCAAGCCACACUAAACCAGCAGCCCUUGUUUGAAGAUCAAGAGAUGCCUACACAAAUGGGUUUCUUUUCUCUUCCUCCUCACUUGAACUAUCCUCAAUUGGGUAGUUGCCACCAGUCUCUCAAAGGCUUCAUAAUACCUCCUUCACUUCCAGCUGAUGCACCUUCUACCACCAACCUCACUGAAACCUUACUACUCUCAUCUGCCCCCCACAAGCAAAGAGAAGACACUAUUGCUUCUGAUUUGGGAGGACCCCAUCUUCUUUCCUUGCAAAGAUCUAGUGCAAAUCUCUGGGCAUGGGGAGAGGUAAAUCAGUGCUUGAGCAGCAAAAGAAGUGGUUAUGGAGAAGAUCAUCUGGGGUUAUCAACAAUAAAGAUGAAGAAGAUUAAAGCAAGGAGGAAGGUGAGGGAGCCUAGGUUUUGUUUCAAGACUAUGAGUGAUGUGGAUGUGCUGGAUGAUGGUUACAAAUGGAGGAAGUACGGCCAGAAAGUGGUAAAGAACACACAGCAUCCCAGGAGCUACUAUCGUUGUACGCAAGAUAGUUGUCGCGUCAAGAAGCGUGUGGAGAGAUUAGCUGAGGAUCCAAGGAUGGUUAUCACAACCUAUGAAGGCAGACACGCACAUUCCCCAUCCCAUGAUCUUGAAGACCAUGACUCUUUAAGGGCAACUUAUCUCCACCCACGUGUAAGCCCCUCGUCCCGAAAGAGGGAAGCUGAGGUCCUUCAGGACUUUGCUUGUGUCAAUGGAUUGGGACCAGACAUAGAGUACAACUUCCGCCUAGUCCGCCAGAUGCAGAGGCUGAAGAGAUGA